AUGCACGGUUUUCAGAUCCCGGCCCACCAUCAGACUCUUGUCUACUCCGAGGUCGAUGGCCACGAGAUCAAACUGGAUUAUUGGCUGCCCCGUAACGCCAAUGGAGCGUUGCCAGCGGUGAUUUACUAUCACGGUGGUGGAAUGACGGCGGGCUCGCGUCGGUCCUUUGACUUUCCCCAUGGAAUGCACACAUUGGAUCAGAUCGAUGAUGCAAAGGCCCUUUUUCAAUAUCUGGGCGGACGGUUUGGAAACGAGUUGCCCGACGGUAUUUCCCUGUCGACGAAUCGUAUAGCGGUCACAGGAUCCUCGGCUGGUGCAUAUUCGGCGCCCUUCGGCCUGGCUGGUGACUUGCUGCUCGACCACUGGUUGACUCCAAGACCAGCUACUUCUCUUGGCCAGCUUGUGAGUUUAGAUAAAGUGCCUGAAUUCCUCGCACACAAGACUAUGGUCAGCGAUGAUCAGCAGUUCGACUUCAAAAAGAGUCGUUUCGCGCUUACUACUCGUUGGGAAUUGGACGGCACCAUGCUGGACAACAUCUUUGGCCAACCUGGGCUUGGCAAAGAGCUAUUGGCCGUGGAAAAAGAGCAGAGAGGAGAUGUCAUCCCCUCGAAAUUGAAGCCGGCCUUCCCACAACUUUUCGUGUCGAGGGAUUAUCCCCCGUCAGUCUUCGUUCAUGGCACACUAGAUGAGGUUGUGCCCAAGGAAGAAAGCAUCAACCAACACAAGCAGCUUGAAGAUCUGGGUGUCAAGUCGAAAUUCCUGCUUGUGGAGGGUGCAGGUCAUAGCCUUAUUAAUCCCACAUCCGGCUUCCCGCCGAAGAUGGCCAAGGGCGCCGACGAGGCUUACGAGACGGCGUUUCGCUUCAUUGUCGAGGUAAUUAGCAGUAUCCAGUAG